AUACAUCUGUGUAGGCGUGUAGUUCCUGUUUCCAGAGUCUCAAGCUGAGACUGAUGAGGAGGACAUGAAGAAGCCAGUCUGCUCUCUGAAAGUGUUCACGCACCUCCAUCAGUAUGAGUUCAAAACUGCUCUGCUUAUACACUCACAGAUACAGCUUGGCCUUGGUCAUGACCUUGGUGCUGGUAACUGCUUCAACUGAUGACAGCAGUCCACCGACGAACAUCACGGCUGUUUUGGGUGACACCACUACAAUCAGAUGCCACAUUCAGAAGAUUGGGAGUCCUGUUAUACGCAUGUACAUACAGAAAGUUAUUAAAGACAGUCAAGAGAUAUUCAUCAACGGUUUUGAUUCAUCCAGAAAGAUGGAUGUUCCUCUUGAGUACCACAAAAGAACCAAAGUGAACAGAACGGACCUCAGCAUGGAAAUGACAGAUGUCUCUGUUUCUGACGAAGGAUUGUACAAAUGUAUUGUUUUUUUCGACACAGUGGGCAUAGAAAUGCCCAAGAUCCAUCUCAAAGUCACAGCCAAUUACAGAGUUCCCACAAUGGAGAAAAAGUGCAGUAAACACGGCGAUGGUGCUGCUGGGAAGAGCUGUCAGCUGAGCUGCUCAUCAGUGGGCGGUUACCCGCAGAGUGCCGUGAAGUGGGAGGGGCUUAACCUGAGUCUGAUAAAUGUCGUUCACAAUGAGAGUUCAGAAGAUCCGUACUCCAAAACAUGGACCAUCAACCAAACCAUCAUGUACAACUGCGACCAACCAACCAAUGUCAGCUGUGCCGUAGAAGGCGCCGUUUCCCCCGCUGUCUCCAUAUGUGAAAAAGAACCUUUUUCAAUCGAGGUGAUAACAGCAAUUGUUGUUGUGCUUGUGAUUGUCCUGCUGAUAAUUCUUGUCCCUGUGUUGAUGAAGUUCUGCCGUGGAAGAUCUCCCAGAGAUCGAAGUGGGGAUGAUGAGGAGGUUGGCGUUGCAUUUAAACACAAGUGAUGCCAUGUUCCGUUGACGCCAAGAUUAACCAAUGGAAUUCCUGUAUUUCUAACUAGCGACUACCAUUUACAGCUCAAGAGCGUCUGAGACGUGACGACAACUCAACAUUAAGGAGAUGGGACAAGAUUUUCCGCCAUUGUGGAAGUGGUUCAACUCCCAGAUGGACCAAGGGCAGAUUGUCCAGCUGAACGUUGUGUCUUUAAAGUGGCUUUACUGCUGAAUUUUCCAGCAGGUCGUGACAAACGUCCUGGAACAUUUGAACAAGCAUUUACCCAGUCAUUCAUUAGGAAAAGAACAUUGUUUCCUCAACAUCCUGAAGCUGCAGUGGGUUUGUUUUUAUCACAGAGACGUUUCAGCACGAAAAGAGUGAUUCAUAACGGUGCUUAUUAAAAAAUUCAAACUCUUCAAGAAAAGUAGUAGUUAAAUGACUAAAAAUUGCUCUAUGUACUCCAUAAUGUCCUGUAUUUACAUCUCAUAGUAUUUCAAACUGUGCCACUCCAAGGAAUGGUCAUUUUAAAGUUCAGACAUUUUAAAGGCUGAACUGAAGUAAAUAGUAUGAUUUGGGCCAGUUAUAUGGUUGGUAAAAUAACCAAGACAGUUGUGAUGACUGUUGUUUAUGUUCAUUUAAGAAUAUGUUAUUGAAAUGGUCUUUACACUGUUCAUUCUAAAGGGACAUUUAAUUUGCUUUUAGAAGCUGAUUCAUUGAAGCUUUAUUUUUUAAAGCCAGUUCUCAGAGAUGAGCUCAAGAAACAUAACUCAUGGAAAUCAAAUACUGCAACUGUUACACGAUUAUGCUGGCCGUUUCCCGGAGAUUUGAUGUUUACUGUCACAUUACGGUGAUGUGUGAUGUGCGCAUCAGUCUGUUCAUGAAUACGGAACUGACUUAUAUACUUUUCUACACAGCCUCACAGACACUUACUGAUAUUUAUGCAGCGUUCAAGAAUAUUUUUUAUGGUAAAACUGUUCUCAGGGUGAGAGUAAUGUGAUGGGCUAUUUAAUUUUCUAUUAAAAUAAAUUCUAUUUCUUAUGGAAA